AUGAGUACAAAUCCAGUAAUAUUACAUUUAAGAGCUGAAACAAAACCAUUAGAGGCAAGAGCCGCUUUAACUCCAACUACUACAAAACAAUUAAUUGAUGCAGGUUUUAAAGUUUAUGUUGAAAAAAGUAGUCAAUCAACCUUUAAUAUAGAUGAAUAUGAAAAAGUUGGAGCAGAAAUAGUACCUGAAGGAUCAUGGGUUGAUGCACCAAAAGAAAGAAUAAUAUUUGGAUUAAAAGAAUUACCUGAAACAGAUACUUUCCCAUUAAUUCAUGAACAUAUACAAUUUGCUCAUUGUUAUAAAAAUCAAAAUGGUUGGGAAAAAGUAUUAAAAAGAUUUCCAGAUGGUAAAGGUACUUUAUAUGAUUUAGAAUUUUUAGAAAAUGAACAAGGUAGAAGAGUUGCAGCAUUUGGAUUUUAUGCUGGUUUUGCAGGUGCAGCAAUUGGUGUAUUAGAUUGGAGUUUUAAACAAUUAAAUGAUGAUUCAAAAAAUUUACCAGGUGUUACUCCAUAUCCUAAUGAAAAUGAAUUAAUUGAUUAUGUUAAAUCUCAAUUAUCAAAAGCUUUGGAGAAAAAUGGAGGUAAAUAUCCAACAACUUUAGUUAUUGGUGCAUUAGGUAGAUGUGGUUCAGGAGCUAUUAGUUUUUUUAAAAAAGUUGGAAUUCCAGAUUCAAAUAUUGCUAAAUGGGAUAUUCAAGAAACUUCAAAAGGUGGUCCAUUUAAAGAAAUUGUUGAUACAAAUAUUUUUAUAAAUUGUAUUUAUUUAUCUGCAAAAAUUCCACCUUUUAUUAAUUUAGAAACUUUAAAUGUUGAUGAUAGAAAAUUAACUACAAUUGUUGAUGUAAGUGCAGAUACUACUAAUCCAAAUAAUCCAAUUCCUGUAUAUGAUAUUGCAACAACUUUUGAUUCUCCAACUGUUGAAGUAUCAGGUUUAACUAAAGGUCCAAAAUUAUCAGUAUGUUCAAUUGAUCAUUUACCAAGUUUAUUACCAAGAGAAGCUUCAGAAUCAUUUUCAAAAGAUUUAAUUCCAAGUUUAUUACAAUUACCAGAAAGAGAUACUGCAUCUGUAUGGGUAAGAGCAAAACAAUUAUUUGAAAAAAACGUUGAAAGAUUAUAA